CUCCAGCUGAAACUGUUUAAGGAAGGUGGGGUUGGAACUCAAAGGCUCUUCUUGCAUCAUGACCGUGGAUACUCCUGUUGUUUUUCAGCCCACCUCAUCGUUGGGGAGGCUGAUGGGAAUCAGUUUGGUGGAGCUGGAUCACCUGGAUGCACCCACCACUGUCAGCUCUUGAGGGUUCAGAUUAGAGACCUAGGAAUUUGGUUUCCCAGUCAGAAGACAUCCUAUCAAGGAACCACCCUGCAGGUCUGGCCCAGGCUACAAUGAGGUUAAAUCAGGCCCAUCAGGAAGUGCUUUGAAGCAGAAGCUGCCCCAACAAGCUCCACCCUCCCUUGAGUUCCUGCAUCGCCUUCUGCAUUUCCUGUCCACCCCAAGAGCCAAGGACUCUCCAGACACACUCAAAUGCGCAUGCAAGGCAGAGUCGGGACAACGCUGGUGGCUUCCAGUAGGGCUUAAGGGCCAUCGUGGGAUGCUGUCCUUCCCCGAGGCAUUGAGAAUUAACAUCAGAGCCCGCUGGAGGAGGCCUCUGCAAUCAAUCUUGAACCGACUGUGUAAGACCCUGGACUUCUUCGUGAGGAGCCGCCACAGAACACCGUGCCCCGGACCUGCCUCCGUCGGGUGCCAUUUGAAGAGAAGUCCCUCCCAGGAGGUCCACUGGGCUCCCGUCAUGUCCGACUACGAGAACGACGAGGAGUGCUGGAACACUCUGGAGGGCUUCCGGGUGAAGCUGAUCUCCAUCAUCGAUCCGAGCAGGAUCACGCCCUACCUCCGGCAGUGCAAGGUCAUCAACCCCGAUGACGAGGAGCAGGUUCUCAACGACCCCAGCCUGGUCAUUCGCAAGAGGAAAGUAGGCGUCCUCUUGGACAUCCUCCAGCGGACGGGCCACAAAGGGUAUGUGGCAUUCCUCGAGAGUUUGGAGCUGUACUACCCGCAUCUGUAUAAGAAGAUCACGGGAAAGGAGCCGACCAGGGUCUUCUCUAUGAUCAUUGAUGCUUCCGGAGAGUCAGGCCUGACCCAGCUCCUGAUGAACGAGGUCCUGAAGCUGCAGAAGAAGGUGCAGGAGCUGAACCUGCUGCUCAGCUCCAAGGACGACUUCAUCAAGGAGACUCGGGUGAAGAACAGCAUGCUGCGCAAGCACCAGGAGCGUGCAGAGAAGAUGAAGGAGGAGUGCCAGGCCUUCAGCCAGGAGCUCAAGAAGUGCAAGGACGAGAACUACAACCUGGCCAUGAGCUUCGCCAAGCAGAGCGAAGAGAAGAACGCGGCGCUCAUGAAGAACCGUGACCUGCAGCUGGAGAUCGCCCAGCUGAAGCACAACCUGAUGAAGGCUGAGGAUGACUGCAAGGUGGAGAGGAAGCACACGACUAAGCUAAAGCAUGCGAUCGAGCAGCGGCCAAGCCAGGAGGUGAUGUGGGAGAUGCAGCAGGAGAAGGACCUUCUACUGGUGAAGAUCCAAGAGCUGGAAAACUCCAUUAGGGAAGGAAAGCGGGAGAAGAACAGCCUGUACAUCACAGUCCUGGAGGAGGACUGGAGGCAGUCUCUGUUGGAGCACCAGGAAAAGGAAACAACCAUCUUCCGUCUACGCAAGGACUUGCGCCAAGCCGAGACGCUGCGCAACAAGUGCAUGGAGGAAAAAGAGAUGUUUGAGCUGCAGUGCACGACCCUUCGGAAAGACUCCAAGAUGUACAAAGAUCGCAUUGAAGCCAUUUUACAACAGAUGGAAGAAGUGGCUAUUGAGAGGGACCAGGCCAUCAUGACCCGGGAGCAGUUCCACCUGCAAUACUCCCAGAGCCUGAUAGAGAAGGACGGGCAUCGCAAGCAGAUUCGCGAGCUGGGCGAGAAGUGCGAUGAGCUACAGCUGCAGUUGUUCACGAGAGAAGGCCAGCUGCUGUCCAUGGAGAGCAAGCUGAAGAGGCUACAACUGGAGACCCCCAACCUGAGUUUAGACUUGGAGGAGAUGUCUCCCAGGAACUCGCAGGAGCUGACUCUUCCCCGGAGCCUGGAUGAGGACGCUCAGCUCUCCGACAAAAAUUGUCCGACCGAAGUGAGACUUGUGCACCCAUCGUUGGCCGCUCUGGAGAAGGACCAGCUUUUAGUUUCCCCAAAGAAAGGAAAAGUAAGCAACGGAGAACCCCCAGACAAGGAGCGGCGGCGGAUGAAAGACAACUUCGAGCAUUACCGCAGAAAGCGGGCCCUGAGAAAAAAUCAGACUAGCAGACACCUGGGAGAAGUGGAUCGGGACAACACCACGGGAAGCGACAAUACCGACACCGAGGGCUCUUAGCGCCCAUCCCAGCCUACCCAAGAUGCCGCCUGCUGGACCUCUGGGCCUCCUCUCCAAAAGCCCCCUCCGCUUUCCUCCCGAAUAUUUUUAAUGUUCUCUUUGAGACGCACGUCCCUUAUACGUUGGAGAAAGCGAUAACGGUACUGGAAUCCCAAAGAGGGAAGGACCCAGCACAAGGUUUGGAUGGAGCGGGAGGGCGGUGAUGACCAGAGAGGAUAUUCCUUCCACACUACCACUGUGGGGAUCUCAGUGGUUUGAAUCGGUACGGGUUUGUUUUCGGACUUCUUCUCUGUCAAUGUGGGCCCCGAGUCCAGGGAACAAGAGAACAUUUGAUGUGGCCUUUGACUGCCCAAACAUUUUAGAGAAACAGAGAAGUUUAAGAGGGUUAACGGGGGUUAGGGAUGAGCAGGAGGAGGAUUGGAUAGGUAGCACUGUGCUAUUUUCAUUUUCCCACGUUAGUAAAACAUCUCUGGAUGGAGAAAAAUAAAUGAAGGAUAAGUCUUAA